AAACUUUGUAAGGCGAAAAAUGUUGUCACAAGAGGUGAGAAUGAGAUACAUCGUUAUUAUCAUCUACACUCGUCUGAGAUACCUGUAUACCCUAUAGGAGAAUAUAACUUGGCAAAUUUUGUAAAGACUUUGCUUAUUUUACAG